AUGUCCAACCCAAACGCCUACGGCACUCCAGUGUCGGACACGGCCUUCCGCAAAACCUGGGACCGUGAAGAAUACACCAAAAAGGCCGCCGAAGAUGAAGCCAAACGCAAGGCGGAAGGCAAAGCACGCUACGAAGCCAAGCUCCUGGGCAAAAAGUACCACGCCCCAGUCGACUACAGCGCGCUGGAUGAUACGACGGCUCGCAACCAGCGACUGGACGUUGCGUCAAUGGUCGGCAAGACGAUGCUUGUGCCUGCGGGAGCGGGGAUGGGCAAGCGCGGACCAGGCGCGGGAUUCUACUGCAAGGAUUGUGAUUUGACGUUCAAGGACAACUUGCAGCUUGUGGAGCAUUUGAACAGCAAGCAGCAUUUGAUUGCGACGGGGCAGAGUGGGGAGGUGAAGAGGGCUGGAGUUGAGGAGGUUAGGACGCGGUUGAGAAUGCUUUCGCAUCGGAAGAGGGUGAGGGAGGAAGAGGAGAGGAAGGCUUGGCAGCUUGACUUGGGGGUUAGGCUGAAGGAGAGAGAGGAGGCGGAUGCGAAAGAGAGGGAGGAGAAGAGACGGAUCAGAAAUGAGAAGCGGAGGAAGGUCAAGUCUGAAGAUGACAGUUGGGAAGGUCGGCUGGGGAUUAUUUCUUGA